AUGCUUGCCUCCUCCAGCCUUCACCACUUUAGUACGCGCGAACCGAGCCACAUUGCGCACGAGCGUUCAUACUCCAACUCUCAACUUUCUUCCAACCUCAACCUCAAUCUGGCGCUGUGCUCGUCGCGCCCUUCUACCGACGCGGUGCCCCGCCCGUACCUCGAGCUGGCGCCCUCGCGCUAUCACCCGGCUCCGGCCCCACUUGCCCCAACGAGGGGUUUGUCUGGCUUACCGGACGCGCAUGCGCCAUCUGGGGGCACUAAGUUACCUCUCGACCCCCCGGAGGAUGACCCAGCUACCCGACGUGGUUCCAUCACCCGUCCUUAUUCUCAGUCAUACCCCCCUCAGCAUUCGCAGCACCGGGCCCAUCAUUCGGAGGCAUUUGUUCCGACCCACUCCCCAGUACCGGCCCCCGUUUCAGCCAUCAAUACUCUUCGCAACGAUCGCGAAGACCCGGAAAGAGGUCAAGAGCAGCUCGCAGGGGGGUAUUUACACCCGCAAUCAGCCCCUCAGUCGACUGUACCGGAAACUAUGACCAACCAUCACUUGCAGUAUCCCGGGGCAUACGAACAGCCGGAUUAUGUGUCUCGUGCCCCAUCAGUCUCUUCUGCGUAUAACCCAGACGACCGACGGGUUUCAGUCUCAUCUGCGGGGUCUUAUGAACCCCCUGACCCAGCCCGAGCCACACCUCCGAUGAUGGCUCGGCAUAGUGGCCAACUCGCCCCUUACGACUAUCCGGUAGAUUCUUCAUGGUCCGGACGCCGGCCUUCAACCGAACAGUCUCCAGUACCAACUCAGAGGUUUGACGACUAUCCCCAUGAUGAGCCGGUGGUGGUAUCAGGCAUGCAUCAUCAGGCAGGACUUGGGUACUCCCAGCUCGACCACGCAUCCCCCAUGGGGUCACUCGGGGAGUCAUCGUCUGGUUCAACUGGUAUGCCAGCCUCUCCAGAUCAGUUCGCAGUGCAACCCAAUGGUCUUGUUGUCCCGGAGGGUGCGAUUCCCCCUUCAGCCACCAAUCCGGGGCAACGCCAGUACGCUUUUGUCUCGCUCGCAGGGUCGACAAUUCGUAAACGCCCCCGUCGCAGAUACGACGAAAUCGAGCGACUGUACUCGUGCUCCUUUGAGGACUGUACCAAGGCAUACGGGACUCUCAACCACCUCAAUGCCCAUGUCACCAUGCAGAAGCAUGGCCCCAAGCGAAAUCCAAGUGAAUUCAAGGAACUUCGCAAGCUAUGGCGCACCCAGAAGAAGGCCGAGCAAGUUGCUAGUCGUUCACGUAGUAGACGACGCCCGGAAGACGGCCAUCACGCUAUGCCAGGGCAGUAUGGAAGCUCUGGAUAUGGUUCAGAUGAGUCUGAGGAGGGCGGAACCCCUCAACCUAGCGAUUCGAAUCCCUAUCACCAAGGACAAGUGGACCCAAUGUGGCCUCAUAUAGGGCACGAGAUGGGUGACCGGUACAGUGGCCACCCUGGUAUGCCCGGGUAUGGUCACGACUCCCAUGGGCAAGGAAUGGGCGUAGUCAUGGCCGCCGAGGAGGGAGUGAUGGACCGGAUCCCCCCCGACGCGACCCUCUUGCGGGGGUUGCCUCCGACUCAUCCAUCCCAGCAACCAUAUUCUAACUCUAUGCACCACUCCAUGCCAUCUUAUGGUGGAUGCCCGCUAUGCCAAUGA